AUGGCCUCUCUGUCUUACCUCCCUCCCGUCAAGCCCUCGGCCAUCGCCGUCGGCACUGCCUUCAACCACCUCGCCUCUCUGGCCAUCCUCGGCCCCGUCUUCGGCGACACCUACCGCCAGGCCCAGGCCGCUAACUCCAAGGAGGAGUUCUUCAAGUCCAAGGAGACUGCUUCGGCCGCCGCUGCCUGGGGUACUUCCCUUGCCGGCUCUGCCCUCCAGUCCUACGGUGUUGGUGCUCUUCUCAACGCCACCGGUACCCUCUCCUACAAGGGCGCCGCCUACCUCGGUGGUCUGAUCUUCGCUGCCUCCUCCGCUCCUUCGUUCAUUGCCCAGAUCUUCACCGAGAAGCGCCCUCUUGACACCGUCGCCGUCGGUGCUCUUGCCCGCGUCUUCGAGACCGUCGGUCUGUCCAUGUUCCUCACCUACUGGGGCACCCGCACCAACCCCUUCUCAUAA